GCGCAUCCCCGCAGCGGGUCCCGAGUCCCGGGCGCAGGGGGGGAGGCGGGAGGCGCGGCGCCGACGCACCCGCCGCAGGAGGCGGAGCGCGCACCUGGCGGGCCGGGCGGGGCCUGAGCGGUGCGGCGGCGGCGGGAGGAGGAGGAGGCCCGGGAGGAGGGGACGGCGCCGGGCAGCACAGGGCUCGCCGCUCCCGCCCCGCAUCCGCGCCGCGCCCGCCCCGCCCCUGUCGCCCCCGCGGAGUCGCGACCGCAGGAGAUGGUGCGCGCCGCCCCGACGGUCGCCGCCCCGGGGCCCCUCGCCGCCCCGCGCCCCCCGCAGCUGAGCGCCGCCGCUCCGCCCGCAGCAGGCCAGCAGCCAACACUGUGAAGUGGCACUUCCGAUGGUGGUGACGAGCCAUGGCGGCCGAUGAUAAAGUGGCCAUCCUCACGGAUGACGAGGAGGAGCAGAAGCGGAAGUACGUGCUCGCCGAUCCUUUCAAUGGCAUUUCCAGGGAGCAGGAGCUGCCGCCUCACGAGACCCCCUCGUCCACAGCCACGGAGGCCGCCCCUGAGGAGGAGGUGGACUGGAUCGAGAGACACUGCGUGAAGAUCAACAACGACCUGCUCAUCUCCAAGGUCUUCUACUUCUUCUUCUACGCCGCGUACGGCUCUCUGUACCCCCUGCUGCCCGUGUACUAUAAGCAGCUGGGCAUGUCCCCCAGCCAGAGCGGGCUGCUGGUGGGCAUCCGCUACUUCAUUGAGUUCUGCAGCGCCCCCUUUUGGGGCGUGGUUGCGGAUCGCUUUAAGAAGGGCAAAAUCGUCCUCCUCUUUUCCCUUCUGUGCUGGGUUUUAUUCAACCUGGGCAUCGGCUUUGUCAAACCCGCGACCUUGAGGUGUGUACCAAAGACGCCCCCAACGGCCCGCCCCGCCAACGCGAGUCACCUGCUAACCCUCCUGCCAGCGAAUUCCUCCUUCAUUUCUUCGGCGACGCCGCCCCCGAGGCCGCGGGAGAGGAGAGGCCUGCUCCUUGCCAGCGGGCCCACGGCGGCGGGAGACCCCGGGCCCAACGUCACGGAGCCUCUCACCUUCCCAACAGCCACCGACAGGACCAGCGUGCGCACGCUGCCGCCGCAGACCGAGGACGUGACAGACCUCAGCAAGGACCUGACCUUGAUCCCAAGCACAGUAGCCCCUGUCCCCCCGGGGAUUGUCACCAGAGAGCCCACCACUACCGUCGUCACUACCACCAGGUCUUUACCUUCUGACCAGGUCACUCUGCUUUACGACCAGCAAGAAGUAGAAGCCAUCUUCCUGGUGAUCCUGGUGGUGGUCAUCAUCGGAGAGUUCUUCAGUGCCUCCUCUGUCACCAUUGUGGACACGGUGACGCUCCAGUACCUGGGCAAACACAGGGACCGCUAUGGGCUGCAGCGCAUGUGGGGGUCCCUGGGCUGGGGCCUGGCCAUGCUGUCCGUGGGCAUCGGGAUCGACUACACCCACAUCGAGGUGCUCGUCCACGGGAAGGGGUGCCGGCCCCCCGAGUACCGCAACUACCAGAUCGUCUUCAUCGUCUUCGGGGUCCUCAUGACCAUGGCCUUGAUCGUGGCCACUCAGUUCCGGUUCCGCUACAACCACUUCAAAAGUGACGAGGGUCGAGGCAAGGAAGUGGAGGUUGCCCCGGUGGAGAGAGGCAGCCCCACCGAGUCCGCCGAGGAGGUGCCCGCCGCGAGCCACGCGCAGGCCGCCAGCUUCUGGGACCUGAUCCGCCUGCUGUGCAGCGUGCAGUACGGCUCCGUGCUCUUCGUGGCCUGGUUCAUGGGCUUUGGCUACGGCUUCGUGUUCACCUUCCUCUACUGGCACCUGGAGGACCUGAACGGGACCACCACCCUCUUCGGGGUGUGCUCCGUGCUGAGUCACGUGUCCGAGCUGACGGCUUAUUUUUUCAGUCACAAGCUCAUUGAGUUGAUCGGCCACAUCAGGGUCCUGUACAUCGGCCUGGCCUGCAACACGGCGCGCUACAUCUACAUCUCCUACCUGGAGAACGCCUGGACCGUGCUGCCCAUGGAGGUGCUCCAAGGCACUGUCCUUGCUGCUGAUGUCCAGGCUCCUGGGAACGAUGAACUCCCGUGUUUUGUCCAGGUCUUGGCUGUUUCAGGAAGAAGGGUCCAUCCAGGAGCAGACGAAUGUCGGAGCGUGACGCACGCGGCCAUCUGGGCGGCCUGCAUCUCCUACCUGAGCGCCGCGGUGCCCCCCGAGCUGCGGACGUCGGCGCAGGGCAUCCUGCAGGGCCUGCACCUGGGUCUGGGGCGAGGCUGCGGGGCCAUGAUCGGAGGCGUGCUGGUCAACUACUUCGGGGCUGCUGCCACCUUCCGGGGAAUCGGCAUGGGCUGCCUGGUGAUCCUCCUGCUCUUCGCCCUGAUCCAGUGGCUGGCAGUGCCGGAUGAGGAAGAAGACAAGACAAUGUUGGCGGAGAGGAUUCCGGUUCCAUCCAGCCCUGUCCCCAUAGCAACCAUCGACCUGGUACAGCAGCAGCCCGAGGACGUCCUGCCCCGCGUCGAGCCGCGCCUCCCACCCAAGAAGACCAAGCACCAGGAGGAGCAGGAGGACGCCAGCAAGCCCGCCUGGGGCGUCAGCGCCUCCCCCUGGGUGACCUUCGUCUACGCCCUCUACCAGGUGAAGGAGAUGCUGCUGCUGGCCAGGGAGAGCCACGCCUCGGAGAUCCAGCCUCUGCAGGGGACCAGUGAGAACCGGGGAGACUCUCCCGCUGCCGGAGCCCGGCCCACCCCCAGUGACAAGCCCUCCGCCCGCCCUAGCAGCCAGCCGCCCCCUCCAUCAGCAGCAUCGCAGACGCAGAGCAGCUCCGCCCACCCCAGCUCCAACCAGCCUGCCAAGCGUGGGGACCCGCAGGCCCUGCCCGCCGCUGGGGGACCCUGAGGGCCCUGCCCACCUCACCCCUGCAUGGAACGGGGCCUCGGACCGGGAGGCGUCCCGCGCCCGGCACACGCCCGCCUUGAGCAUCGCACCACACGCUUCUGAGUAUCUGAACCCGUCGGCGUGGAGACACACACACACUAGCCACAGUGCACAGCGGCAGGAGCCGUUCCACCCCCAGCCCGCUGGAGGCUCGCGGGGACCCCCGUUCGCGGGCGGGCUGGGGUGGGUCGGGGUGCAGAGUCACACUAAGUGGAGGGAGGUGAGCGCCGAGGGCGGGUCCCUUCUCGUUAUUUAUUCGUUAUCUGGCUCUUCAUGCGAACGGGAGGAGGCGCCGCCUCUCGCUUUGCUUCUCUUGAAGAGAACCCUUUGGAAGUUGUGCGUAAAGAGUCCCGGGGGCGGGUGACAGUGAGCAGCGGCUGUGCUUUUGUUUCAGAAGAGGAAGGAGAGUCCUCGGGAGCGUGGCCUCGGGGUCCCGAGCUCCGCAGGGGCGUUUUGUCUGCGAGGAAGGCGAGGAAAGCAGCCGCGCCCCUGAGCAGAGCUCGGGGACCCCGCGAGCCGAGCGGCGCGUUCACCGGCCGUUUGUUCUCCACGGGCUGCAGGGCCGGAGCAGGGAACAUUCCAGAGCAGCCCGCGCCUCCGUGUCCGGGCGAGAGGCGAGGGGCGCUGGCCAUGGUGAUGCUGCGAGUCGCCUCGACCAGGCUUUACGGUUCCUGGUGAUUCGGGCUCGGCUCUGCUGGCGGGUCUUUCUUACUCGCUGAAUUCCUAAGGGUUUCUUUAGCGAAGCAGUGCUAUUCCCAAGUAACAGUAUAAGAUGGAAGUGCCUGGGGGAGGGAUACAGCUUUUGAAGUUACGUAAGGGGUGGGUUUUCGCUUUGGGUGGGGACAGUCAGACACUGGACGUGGCUGUGGGCUUGCUGCUGUGAACAUACCACUACUGUCGGGGCCACGGCCGGUGACUCGUGCAAAGCUCGCUGCUAACAAUGAAGACGAGGUCCCCGGGAAGUGGGGAGCCCGGGGAAAGGGAGCCGCCAGGGGAAUGAGGGCCAGUCCGCGUGGAUAGUCGCUGUCGGGGAGCGGAGGAGGAGGAAAGGGAAGGACGGUCAAGAGGAGCCACUCGCUUACCCCCUGGCCCCGUUCCACGGGUCAGUGGUCGAGUAAGAGCGGCUCCGUGGAAUCUACGUCCGCCUAAAACUGCACGGGGAGGAGACAUCCCACGCGUGGAGAUCUGGCUCCACAAAACACAGCUUUAAAAGAAAUAAUAAGGGAAAGAAGUGGAAUUAAGCAGUUAUUUUUGCACUUGAACUGAGACGUACUGUACCGUAGAUCAUCAUGACUCAUCUUAAGUGACCUUUCCAAAUCCGAUGUAUUUAUUGUGCUUAUGUGACUUCAGAAAUAAAGACACGCGCGCAGGCGGCCCUCGCCGUGAGGGUGACGUACGGCAGGUGGACGUGUGAACUGA